AUGUUUGCUUUAGGUUUAGGAAGUACAUGGGUUUUACUUGUUAGUGGAGGAUGUAUAUUCAGUUUGAAAUAUUUUAAAAAUUUUGAUUAUAGACAUCCAUAUAUAGAUGAUACUAUUAAAAUUGCAAAACUGCAUUUAAAUUGUACAAAUAAUGAUGAUAUAAAAAUAAUAAAAAAAAAAGGAAAUGUCGAUUCAUCCAAUCAAAGGGCAAAAUGUGAAAUACUUUUGUCUUUAAAAGGAGAGCAAUUUUGGGUUAAUAUAAAUUCAAUAAAUUGUCAAAAAAUUAAUAAUAAUGAUAUGGAUGAAGAAGAUAUAGAUAUUUCAGAUUAUAUUGAAAAUCCAUAUUUAAUUAAAAAAGCAAUUAAAUCAUUUUUUUACCAAAUCAAAUCAUUUAUUGUUCCAUUUAUUUCUAGUAAUAAUGACAAAGUAAAAGAGAAUAAUUCAUAUGAUGACAAAAGUAACUACUCCGAAAUAUAUGCAACUAGCCAAAAUAAAAAAAGGAACAUAGUUGAUAAGGAUAAAGAAACAAUUCGAAUUAUCCAGGAACAAUACCCAUGGAAAAUAAAUAAUAUUAUUAUUGUUAAAAAAAAAAAAAAAAAUACAACCACAAGUGAAUAUAUUAAUAAUAGUGUAAUAAACAAUGUAGAACAUGGUGAUGAUAAAAAGGUGAACAAAAAAAAUACUAUUCCAAUUGUUAGCCUUUUUUACAAUUUUAAAGAUUUUAUUAAUAAUUUUUUUGAUUAUAAUUAUGAAAUAUAUCCUAUAUAUGGGAAUCCUGAAGAAAAUACUUAUUAUUAUAAAUAUGUAAAUAAAAAUCGAGCAUUUAAUAAGACACAAAAACAUAUCGGGGAAAUUAUGUUGUGUGCAUUUUGCUUAUCAACUAUGUUGGCUAUAAAAAGAAUUCAAAUAUAUAAAAAUUCUUAUUCAGGUUUAAAUUAUGUUAAAAAUUUUGUAUUAAAUAAUAAACAGCUUUUUCAAAUAUUAGGAGAUACACAAAUACAAAUCUUAAGUAUAUCUGGAUUAUAUAAACAAAAUUAUAUAAAUAGUAAAAUAUUUUUUCAAACUUCUCAAAAAAAUGGCAUAGUUCAAUUAACAGCUACAAAAAAUGAAAACGAUAAGACAUUCACAUUAUUACAUGCCAAACUACUUUUAAAAAAUGACGUUAUAGAACUGAAAAAGGAUAAUAGAUAG